CAAGCAUUUCCAAGGUUUCACAAUGCCGGCAUACCGGAUGCUUGAUCUCAAUCCCUUAUCAGCCCAAGAAAAUACCAUGUAUUCCGGCCGCGGGGGGGCAGGGAAUUUCCACCCCCUCAAGAACAACACAAUUACGUCGUCCAGCUCGAUAUCAAGCGCGCGCACCCUAUCCUCGCGCCUUGGGCUCAACCCUCGGCAAUUACUCCCAGGAGGCCGCGGAGGUCUUGGCAACUUUCACAGCACAUCGGAGUAUGCAAUCUUUAGCUUCGAUGAGGAGCUCGAACAGCAAUUGAAGCGAGAAAAGGACGUUGCUCCAGUCUUCCACAUCGGCCGAGGAGGGGCAGGCAACAUGGCUGCUGUCCCUGAUGCCCCAAUCACGAAUCUACCAAAGAAGCGGUGUGGGACGGAAAGCAUUGGCCGCGCCAAAAUCUAG